AUGAGCACAAACUUUGGUAUUGAAGACCAAGGCUCACGGUCUGGCUCGGCCUCGAAAAGCAAUGAGGCUUCGAUACGCGAGGAUGCUAGAUUGGACCCUACCAUUCGGGACGACGCGUCGGCGCAAGAGACUUCUGAGACACCAACGGUGUGGAUGUGGGUUUUGACGUUUGUCGCUGGUAUCAGUGGUCUACUUUUUGGAUACGACACCGGAGUCAUUUCCGGCGCCCUCGUAGUGAUCGGCAGUGACCUCGGCCCUGCUGAGCUCUCGAAUCAGCAGAAGGAGUUCAUCACCGCUGCAACCUCCCUCGGCGCACUCCUGGCGGGGAUUGUGGCCGGCGCGCUCGCAGAUCAGAUUGGUAGGAAAUGGGUUGUUGCAAUUGCGGAUGUGGUGUUUAUCAUCGGGGCGAUCAUGCAGGCGCUCUCUGGGAGUGUGUGGUUGAUGGUUGCUGGUCGAUUUGUUAUUGGUAUAGGUGUAGGAUUGGCAAGCUUGAUAGUUCCAUUGUAUCUUGCUGAGCUUUCACCGGCCAAUUACCGAGGACGAAUGAUCAUCAUCAAUGUCCUCUUUAUCACAUUUGGUCAGGUUGUUGCCUAUGCUAUCGGCGCAGGUCUUACACAUGUACAUGGCGGCUGGCGCAUCAUGGUAGGUAUCGGCGCUAUUCCGGCUGCUAUCCAGUUCGUCAUACUGUACUGGCUUCCUGAAAGCCCUCGUUACUUGAUCCGGAAAGGUAUUGAAGGCCGGGCAAAGACCAUCUUGUCACAGAUUUAUAAAGGCGCCUCCGAUAGAGAUUUGGAUGAGAAAGUUGCAUACAUCAAAGAAUUCACCGAGGAUAGAAGACCUGGAACAGCUUCGCAGAAGGCCUGGAGCGACUUCAAGAGUCUUUACACUGUGCCAUCCAAUUUGAGGGCGUUGAUUAUUGCGUGCGGACUGCAGGGAAUUCAGCAAUUCUCCGGUUUCAAUUCAUUGAUGUAUUUCUCCGCCACCAUCUUCAAGAGUGUCGGCUUCGAGAACCCUACAGCCGUCAGUCUCAUUGUUGCCGGUACAAACUUUGUCAUGACCUGCGUUACCUUCCUCGUCGUCGAUCGCAUAGGCCGCCGCCGGGUCCUCAUCGGCACCCUCUGGGGUUGUGCCGCCGGUCUCACAAUCUGCGCCAUCGCAUUCCACUACCUUCCCCGCAACGACGCCGGGGAUGUCGUUGGCGGCGGCAGCAACCGCUGGGCCAUUCUAAUCCUUGCCUCUCAGAUCAUCUACGUGAUGUUCUACGCUCUUGGUAUCGGCAACAUCGCAUGGGUCGGCCAGAGCGAAGUAUUCCCAUACAACGUGCGAGGAUACGGAACAGGGAUGGCAACCGCCACCAACUGGGGUGCGAAUCUUAUCUUGGGAUCGACGUUCUUGACUAUGAUGGACAAGAUGACUCCUAGUGGAGCAUUCGGGUUCUAUGCGAUCUUGUGCUUCCUGGGAUGGCUGUUUGUCAUCUUCCUGUACCCGGAUCUGAGUGGAUUUACGCUGGAGGAGGUGGCGGAGAUAUUAGGCGAGAGCUUUGGUAUCAAGGAGAGUCGGCGGAGGAGGAAGGAAUUGAGGAGGUUGGGACAGGAGGAGCUGAGGAGGAGAGAGGAGGCGUUGAGGGAGAAGGUUUGA